AAUGGGGCGCGGCAUCGUGACGUCACAGUUGUUGCCGUGUAUACAGUACAUUCCAAUAUUUAUAUUUGUAUUUAUCGCUGUAGUUUGAAUUUAUUUGCUCCCAACCAUGGCAGCACCGGGGACUCACAAUGUCAUGCUACUGUUCGUCUUUUUUGGUGCAUUAAGUUGUGCAAUGGCCAUUAAGUGUUGGGAUUGUCGCUCAGAUUCUGAUCCAAAAUGCGCUGAUCCCUUCGAUAACUCUACAGUUCCCAUCACAGAUUGCAGAACUUUAGGAUCGUUGGACCAUUUACCAGGUGUACGACCCACAAUGUGCAGAAAAAUUAGGCAAAAAGUUAAUGGAGAGUGGCGGUAUUUCCGUAGCUGUGCAUACAUGGGUGAACCUGGAAUCCAAGGCGAUGAACGAUUUUGCCUCAUGCGUACUGGCACUUACAACAUUUUUAUGGAAUACUGUACCUGUAACAGCAAAGAUGGUUGUAAUUCAGCUAGCAGCAUCAAGGGUAGCCUCUUAAUUGGACUCAUUUCUACUUGUUUAUGGGGUUUUGUUCACUUUGUAGGGUUUUAAGUUCACUUCAAAUACUUAAAAUUUUCUUUCAGUUCUUUGCACAACUAAAUCAGAUGAAAUCAAAGUCUAUGAAUACAAAAGAGUAGAUGUAAGUUACCAUAUAUCAUUGCAAUCUCAGCUUCAUUUUUUGAAAGCAGGCACAAUCAAGGUACAUUAUAAAUAGUUUCAUUUCAAAAUACUCUGACUAGCAAAUAAAUUAAGGCAAAACCAUUGUCUACUUUAUGUUAUUUUUCAUGGUAGAGCCCUUGUUGUAAAGUAAGAUUCCUUAAAAAUACAAUUUUAGCAAAAACACUUGUAUAGCAAAGUUAAUCUUUAAAGCUGAUAGAUACUCACAAAGGCUGUCCAGUAUUUUUAGUAUUUUUUGAUAUUGCACAAAUUUGCUUUGUGUACUUUUGGCACCUUUAGUGCCUUUUUUUUUAUCAAUGUUUUUAGGGAGGGAGUCUUAGUGCCUUAACUAACUUUUAUUUGUUAGUAGUAUGUUUUAAAAAGCUUGUUUGUAAUUAUUUUUGUACAUUUUGGCAAAGAUCUUAUGGUUUAUUAAGUCUAUGAAUUUUAUUUUGUGCUCCUCAUAUCUAACAGUUUCAUUACUGGUUAUGUUUCCACCCCUAUCUGUCAUUGUUUGUAUUUUCUGUCAUGCGAUUCUGUGUUCUCAUUCCAUUAAGUAUGAAAUCUUGUGGAAUUAUAGUUUUGCCAGCUUCUAGUGAAUUCCCUGGAAGUAUGAAGAGGAGAGGAUUCUAUAAUUUCAAGAAUGUUUUAUGUUAACUACUAGUUGAAGGCACAAGUGGAGUUAUAAUUAAGUAUUCACAGUAUGUUUCCAGUAUGUUAAGGUGAGGCUAGUGUUAUUAUGCAUUGAUCACCCUCAUGAACUGAUUGACUCUCAUUACUUGUAUGUGAUGUUAUACAUGCUGCCAUAGAUUUUGUGCUUGUUGGUUGGUGUAAAUGAAGAUUCCGUCCAAAGGAAUAUUUUUAGGAAAUUUUAUACUUAAAACCAUUAUUUUACUACUGGGUGAAUGAUUUUCUCUGACAGUUGUACUCAUGUUUUCCUGAGGCUUCUGUUCUAGCUCAUUUAAGAUUGUCACUGAAGAUGAUUGCCGUCCAUUAUUUGUAGUCUUUUAUAUAAAAUGGCCACUACUUACAGCCAUCAAUUUUAUUCAAGAUAAGUGAUUUUUAUAUUGUACUGAAAAAAUAGGUACCUUUUGUAACUGAAAUUUAUUCAACUGUCCUUCCAUUUUUGUUUUCUGUGUUGUAGUUUAUUUACUUCUGUGUAGUUACUUGCAAACUUUGUCUGAUUUUCAUUAAAUAAUGGAAUUUAUUUCAUUAAACUCACUGUAUGAAA